AGUUUUCAAAUUAUUUCUUUUAAACCAUGGUUGUGUUCACAUGUAAUCACUGCGGUGACAGCCUCCAAAAACCUAAGGUUGAAAAGCAUUACAGUUUUAUUUGUAGAACGGUGAAAUCCUUAACAUGUGUCGAUUGUUUUAAAGAUUUUCGUGGUGAAGAGUAUGUUGUGCAUACAAAAUGUAUUACGGAAGAAGAAAGGUAUGCAGCUAAAGGAUCUUUGCCAAAUGGAGUUGUGAAAAAGGGAGAAGUUAAGCAGGAAUCAUGGGUUGAUAUGAUUAAAUCCAUUAUUGAUGCGGAGCCAAAUUUACUACCUCCCCAUAGAAAUUUGUUGAAUACCAUUUCAAGUUACAACAACAUACCUAGGAAAAAACAAAAGUUUAUUAAUUUUAUAAAAAGUUCUUCUGGUGGAAGAGCUAAUUUAAAAGAUGUGGAGGCUGUUUGGAAUAUUAUUGAAAAGUAUAAAGAAAAUCAGCAGAAACAAAAUUGUAAAUCAGUUGAAGCACAAAAAGAAGAGAAAUCAAUUGAGAACAACAAAAGAAAAUUAAAUGUUGAACUUCAUGAAAAGAGUAAAAAAGCAAAACUUAAUUCUGAAGUAAACCAGGAUGAAAAUGAAGUAGAUAAGUUUAGCUUUCAAGGAACAAUUUUAGAAAUAUUAAAAUCCAAAGGAAGUAUAUCAAAAUCAAAACUGCAAAAGAAAGUGAUAAAUGCCUAUUUAAAAUGGUCAGGUGCAGAAGAAUGUAGUGAAAAGACUCUGAAGAAAUAUGAAAAGAAACUUAAAAAAAUUAAAAAUGUUAUCAUAACAAAUGACACCAUUUCUCUUGCAAGUGAAAUGUAAGAUGGUUAUGUAUGUGUUCAUAAUUUUUUAUAAAUAUGUUUUUCAUUCCAUAAAAACUGAAUGAUUUUAUUUUAAGACAAUAAACAUUAAGCACAACAAUA